CUCCGCUCCAAGCCGCCUCCUGGGUAGCAUGGAUGCGCGGAUCGCUCUGCGGCGGGGAGAGAAAUGCUGAUUGCGGGCGAUGCUUUGGGAAGGCGGAGGAGCGGCGGGAGGAAGAAGAGAAGGAAAGGAAGAAGAGACACACACACAGAGAAAGGGAGACGCUACUGAAGAAUCAUUUGCUAGGAGUUAAGACGACAGCAACGUAGAAUGGACACUAUUGGAUUCCCCCCUCCGCCACCUCCUCCUGAUGUUUUAGGCAAUGAAUUAGUGAGUGCUGCUGAUGAUGAUGAAGAGGAGGAAGAAGGGGAACAGUUUGACUUUGACAGUGGAGAUGAGAUACCUGAAGCAGACCGACAAACCAUUUUGCUGCCCAAUUCUGAAUCCAAAAAUAGUGCUGAACAGGAAGGAAUGGAUUCUGUAGGGAAUGAGAAUCUAGAAAAUGGAGCUGGAGCUGAGAAGAUGGAGAAAACCGAAGCCAAUGUAGAAGGUGUUUUGCCAAGAGUUAACCCAUAUUCAGUCAUAACCAUUUCACCAAUGCAAGAAAAAGAGCCAUCCUUAUCACCAGAGCCUAGUCCAAAAGAUGGAAGUAUAAGUCCUACUGUCUCAAUUGGAUAUUCUGUUCCUGUGCCCUGUGGCUAUGCUGUGCCAUCCAAUUUACCCUUAAUAUUGCCAGCAUAUUCCAGUCCUGUUAUAAUUCGGAGUGUAUCAGUGGAUGAAGAAGCAAACAUUCAUGUGGUACCUGAGGACUCCCAUUCUAAUUCUCAGAGUUCAGAAGAUCCUCAGAACAGUGAAGAUAACCAGGGGCAUAAUGAUGACAAUGUUUUAACCAAAUGGGUUGCUGAUCCUGUAAACACAGAAUGGAUGGAGCAUCCCAAUGAGGUAAUAUAUGAUGAUGUGCCAAGAGAAAAUUCAGACUCUGAACCAGAGGAGAUGAUUUACGAUGAUGUUGAGAAUGGAGAAGAAGGUGGAAAUAGCUCCCUAGAAUAUGGGUGGAGUUCAAGUGAGUUUGAAAGCUACGAGGAGCAGAGUGACUCAGAGGGUAAAAACGGAAUGCCCAGUUCUUUCCUGCGUGGCAACCACAGGAGACAACUUUCUCAUGACAUAACCCGUUUAAAGGAGCACUAUGAGAAAAAGAUGAAAGAUUUGAUGGCAAACACGGUGGGAGCAGUAGAGAUUCAGCAACUAAAGCAAAAACAUGAGCUGAAGGUGCAAAAACUCAUGAGGGCUGCUAGGGAAGGCACCAAAGAUGGACUUGAAAAGACUAAGGCUGCUGUGAAGAAGGGUCGGUGCUUCAUCAGAACUAAGUCAUUUAUUAAUCAAGAUCAUAGAUCAACCUGCCUGGAAGAAGAGGAGCUCUUUAUUGAUGUUGACUGUAUGAACACAGAAGCAAUCAUGACUCCUAUGCCGGAUGGGUUAUCCCAACAACAGGUGGUGAGAAGAUAUAUUUUAGGUGCUGUGGUUGACAGUGAGAAAAACUAUGUGGAUGCUCUCAAAAGGAUUCUAGAGCAAUAUGAGAAACCUCUUUCAGAGAUAGAACCCAAAUUAUUAAGUGAGAGGAAACUAAAGAUGGUCUUCUAUCGAAUUAAGGAAAUUCUUCAGUGCCAUUCAUUGUUUCAAAUUGCAUUGGCUAGUCGUGUGUCUGAGUGGGAUUCUGUUGAAAUGAUUGGAGAUGUCUUUGUUGCAUCGUUUUCGAAAUCUAUGGUGCUUGAUGCUUACAGUGAGUAUGUAAACAAUUUUAGCACCGCUGUGGGGAUUCUCAAGAAAUCAUGUGCUACAAAGCCAGCCUUCCUUGAGUUUUUAAAGCAAUGCCAGGAAUCUAGCCCUGACAGAAUUACACUCUAUGGCUUAAUGAUGAAACCCAUACAACGCUUUCCUCAAUUCAUCCUCCUGUUACAGGAUAUGCUGAAGAACACUACUAAAGGCCACCCUGACAGGCUGCCUUUGCAGAUGGCUCUCACGGAACUUGAAACCUUGGCAGAAAAAUUAAAUGAAAGGAAAAGAGAUGCGGAUCAGCGUUGCGAAGUAAAACAAAUAGCAAAAGCCAUGAAUGAGCGUUAUCUGAACAAGCUACUCAGCAGUGGAAACAGACAUCUCAUACGAAGUGAUGACAUGCUUGAAACUGUUUAUAAUGACAAAGGAGAAAUUGUCAAAACCAAAGAACGACGACUGUUUAUGUUAAAUGAUGUCCUAAUGUGUGCUACUGUGAACAUCCGUUCUUCACAUGAAAGUAGCGGUGUUGUCUCAGGCCAAAGGUACUUGCUAAAGUGGAGUGUCCCCCUUGGGCAUGUAGAUGUUAUAGAGUAUGGAAGCAGUGAAAAUCAAGAUGAGAACUGCAGAUUUUCUUCACAACAUUCCUCUGAGAAUAUUGUUGUCAAUGCCAAACCAAAUAAGCUUUAUAUGGGACCAGGACAACUUUAUCAUGAUUUGCAGAAUCUUUUGCACGAUUUGAAUGUAGUUGGCCAAAUCAGUCAACUGAUAGGGAGUCUUAAAGGAAACUACCAGAAUUUAAAUCAGUCAGUGGCACAUGAUUGGACCUCAGGCUUACAAAAACUUAUCUUGAGAAAAGAGGAUGAAAUCAGAGCAGCAGACCGCUGUAGAAUUCAACUUCAGCUUCCUGGAAAGCAGGACAAAUCAGGCCGACCUACUUUCUUUACAGCAGUAUUCAAUACAUUUACUCCUGCCAUCAAACAAUCUUGGAUCAAAAAUUUACAAAUGGCUAAGCUUGCUCUGGCUGAGGAGAAUCUCCUGGGUUGGUUCUGUAUAGAUGAUGAUGGGAAUCAGAUAAAAAAAGAGAAACAUCCUCUCCUUGUAAAGCAUAUGCCUGUGAUGAUGGCCAAGCAACAAGAAUUUAAGGUUGAAUGUGCUGCUUAUAAUCCGGAACCAUACUCAUGUGAAGAAAUUGAUCCAGAUUCUCUCUCUAUAGAACAUGGUUUUCUGUGGAUUGGCAGUUGUACUAAUCAAAUGGGCCAGAUUGCCAUUGUUUCGUUUCAAAACUCCAGUCCAAAAGUCAUUGAAUGCUUCAAUGUGGAGUCAAGAAUUCUGUGCAUGGUCUACAUUCCAGAAGAGGAGAAACAGAAAGAGCCCAGUGUGCCUCUGGAGACAGAAGAUACGUCCACAAAACACUCCAGUGUGCCUACAAUUUGUUUGGGCAUGGAAGAAGGAAGCAUUUCUGUUUACAAAAGUAGCCAAGGCUCAAAGAAAGUCCGACUUCAACAUUUCUUCACUCCAGAAAAGUCUACUAUCAUGAGCCUAGUGUACAAAACGCCCCACUUGUUUGCUGGCCUUGUCAAUGGGAACAUUGCCAUCUACACAAAACUGGAAGACGGAUCGUGGAACUCAGAACCUCAGAAGGUAGUGAAGUUGGGUGUUCUUCCAGUAAGAAGUCUCCUUGUCAUGGAAGAAACCAUCUGGGCUGCUUCUGGUGGACAGAUUUUUAUAAUUAACACAGAAACUCAUGUUGUAGAGUGCCAUUUUGAAGCUCAUCAAGAGGAAGGGAUGGUGAUUUCUCAUAUGGCUGUUGCAGGAGUUGGGAUUUGGAUCGCAUUCACGUCAGGAUCUACGCUUCGCCUUUUCCACACCGAAACCCUUAAGCAUCUACAAGAUGUCAAUGUUGCUCCUCUCGUCCACAACAUGUCAGGACAGCAGCGUGUGUCUGUAACCAGCCUCCUGGUGUGCCAUGGCUUAUUACUGGUUGGAACAAAUCUGGGGAUUAUAGUCGCUCUCCCCGUUCCUCGUUUGCAAGGAAUCCCAAAAGUAACUGGAAGAGGAAUGGUCUCUUACCAUGCCCACAAUGGCCCUGUUAAGUUCCUUGUCAUGGCCUCUGUGACAAGCAAGCGGAGCAAAAGCAAAUCAAGGGAUCCUCAUUCAGGACUGAAGGAUGAAGACCAGCAGAAUGCUGUUCCCAGUGAACGGCCGAGCUCUUCCCUAAGCAACCCAAAUGACAGUGCUAUUUGGCUGGGAGGUUCAAUAGGAUCAAUUGCUCAAAAGAGUGACUUGUCUUCAUCUUCGGGAUCGCUAACGUUGUCUCAUGGAUCAAACACAACAGAACACAGGCCUGAGGAGAGUGCGGUUUAUGAGCUUUUGAAGGAAGUCUCUCUCAACCAGGGUAAGAAACGUCGGUCCAGAGAAGGGAAAGCGAUAUCGGUCUUAGUCAUCUCUGGAGGACAAGGGCACAGAAGAGUGAACAAGAAGGCAAAGCAGCAGCGUCCCGACGAACUGGUUUCAUCUGUGAUGGUUUGGCAGAUCCCAUUGUUAAAGAUUUAAAACUGUGACUCCGUAAAAGACAUCUGCUUUAGCUCUAAAAAGCUAAACUCAUUACAGUGAACUUUCUUCAAAAGGAAAUCAUGAUCGCAGCAUCUUAAUAUGAGAUUUGAGGUAACCAUUGAUUAUUGUAAAGCUCUACUUGUAAGACUAGUUUGUUUUGAAGUCUUGUGAUUUUUCUUUCUGAAGGCACCUACAGAUAUCCUGUAGUUGAAACUGUAUUUGAAAAUGUUUAACUCUAAGUGGAAGCACUCUAACAGAAGAAGAGGCGUAAUUCAAGAGGGUUUUUUUUUCAACCAUUAAUGCCUUCAUUUGAUUUACAGUUUAUGGCUUGCAGAACACAAAAUGAAGGCCAGGAGCAAACAGUAUUUCACUGAUUAGCCUUUCCUAAAUAAUAUCUCCUUACAAAGCAGUAUAAAGCACAUGCUGCUUAGAUUACCAAACAUAUUUGAGCAAUAAUUGUUUCAGUAUAGUCUGCUAGUUUUAACUCCUGGGUGUAUAGAUAAAUAUGUAACAUAUUGCCUCAAGGAAGUAUCACCCAAAAUGAAAUGUGGGUUUUUUUUAUAUACUAUCUUAGAGUUAUAUGCUUUAAAAUGAAUGUUUAAUGCUAAUUUUAAUAUUCAGUAUUUAAAAAAUAAAUGUUGCAGAAAAUAAAUGUUUAAAAUAUUGAAACAUAAAACAAAUGUUUUACACAUUUUACUUAUUAAGAAUCUUUAUGGAGGGAAAAAUUAAUCAUUUGAUCAUUCCCAAAAGGUGAGCAAUACCUACAUGGAAUGCAUAGUUUAACAAGUAUGGACAGUAGUUCAUAUUUUGGUGCUCAUUUGAUGUAGUACAUUUUGUUGCUGGCAAUGGAAUGUUCUCGCUUUACAUAUAGAGCAAAUAUAUUCUAAACAACACUGGGAUGGGGGAAAUCAUAGAGAAACAUAUGCAAAUAACGUGAUCUCUCAUAUUAAGAGACUCUCCAUACGAAUACAACACUAUACUAAACAUCAAUGCCUGCUGACGAGACAUAUUGUUAAUGCAGGUAUUGAUCAGAAUUCAGUUGCUGUGAAUACUAACAAAAUUCACUCCCUAUUAUCUGUGGAAAGAAGCAUGUUAUAAUGUGCAACCCAAUUUUUGCCAUGCAGAAACACACAGUCAAAGCACUCCCAUCAGAUGGUCAUCCAGCCUCUGAUUAAAAAUGUCCAGAAAAGGAGAUUCGCCACACUCAGAUUCAUGAGAGAUGUGACACAUUAUAAAUGAGAUGUCUUUAUAGUAUACUCCCACCCAGUCCUUUAAAAAUAUCCUCUAUACAUCCCCAGAAUAACCAUACAUGAGUAAAUCCCAUUCUAAUUUGCUAUUACUGAGGAGACAUUGUAACUGCUUGCACCCUGUAAAUUGCAAGCCCAGAGCACACCUCUUUCCAUCCAAAAUGCAUUACAACUUCUCUUAUUAGCUACAAACAGUGUAGAGGUCUUUACAACCUGUAGGCAUCUUGGAGCCUAGGUGUAUAAAAGAGUUGCCAGCAUUUCAUUUCCCUCUUCGCUGACCUCUUUAAGCCGGCUACUUUACUGGAUAUAUCUGAGUUUGUGGAAACACAAGACUGUUUUGACCCAUUUCACUCUAUGAGAAUGUCUGAGGUUCUGAUGGUUUGCAAGUUGUAGGUAAAUUGGUAAACCGGUUAUUAUAAUAGAUUCCCAAAGGGUGGCUAGAUCAUUAUCAGUGGUGCUAGACCACCCAAAAUAUAACUUCACUCUUUUCUUCAUUAAUGUAAAAUGAACUCCACCGGAAAACUUUAAUAUGGAAGACCAUACAGUUAGCCCUACAUAUCCACAAGCUCUGUGUUCCUGGAUUCAGUUAAGCACUGCUUGAAAAUAUUCCAAACCUUAGAUAGGAAACCUUAAUUUUGCUAUGCCAAACACUUGGCCGAUGUGUACUUAAUUACUCUGUUGUAAUCUACCAUUACACAGAUCCUCAGACUCUCUCCAGAACUCAUUUGAGCAGUUUACAAUUUUACAUAAUGGACAUCAUUUUACUAGGCCAUUGCAUAUAAUGGGGCUUUUAGCACCCACAAAUUCUUGUAUCCACUGAGGGUCCUGGAACAAAGCCUCAGCAGAUACUGAGAUGAAUUAUUGCCAGUUACUGUUAAGGGAAUCUCUAAGAUUGAAACCAGAUAUUGUCUUACUUCAAGUAGACAGAGAAAUCAGUGGGAUUUCCUUCCAAUUAUAUUGGAGGGACUACUGCAAAGAUGAUCGAGUCUGCAUCCAAUCCUAGAGUGAUGUAGAUGAAUAAAUCUAAGAGUAUCAGAAAUAAGAGUUGGCUUGUUUUACUUGGAGAGGAAGCUGAAGAUCUGUUAUGCGAUCACUAGAUAACUUGUAAUAAACUGACAAUUUUUUGUAGCUACAACUGUUUUUUCAUUAACAAUAACUUCAAACCUUGCCCCUAAACCACUCUCUUGGAAUCCCAGAGCUGGAAAUAUGGUCAAACAUAAACUGAAGUGAAUAACAUCCAGUUGAGUAUUGGGUCAUUUACUGGAAGGACAGCCAGUGGUCAACAAAAAGAGCUUAUGGUUUCUCUGAUAGCUAAGAAAAAGUACAUUACCUCAUUCCCCAACGUGCCCAGGCAGUUCUUCAUGACAUUCAAUUAAUUUAAAUCUAUUUGGAAUAGCACUUUUUUUGUUUGACUACUCCUUUUUAUUUGCUGUAAAGGUUGUCAUAUGUAUUAUGUGAACCCAUUUGGCCAGGGAAAGGGAAUGUGUGGCUCUCCGAAUAUUGUGGACUAUGACUGAGCAGUGAUGAUGGGAGCUGAAGCCCAACAACAACUAGAAGCAACACAUUCCCCAGCAUUGACUACAACGCAGAAAAGAUCACUCAUUCCUAAAACCAUUGGUACCAAUUAAACAUGUGUGCUCUUGUAUCCAUUGUGUACUAUUUGAAAAGCCGGUGGACUAAAUUCUACUGGCAUAAGCAACAGGAUUGACCUGCAUUUGUCAUUUAUUGUAACUGUCGAGUUGCAUACUUCAAUGCUUUAUGUAGCUCAUUGUGUUUCUGGCUCUAAGUAGCCUCAUUAACUUUGCUGUCAUUCACCAGGAGGGUCCAGAGAAACAAAGACAGUUUUCUGAAUUCAGCGGUUUUUGAAGUUGUUGGUCUUGAAACAACCUCCUCUGCAAGCAGUAUUUCUAUUUUGGAAAUAGUUUGUAGUAUGUAAUUGGGAUCAACUGCUCAAAGAGAAAAAGAAAAUCAAAGAUUUCAUUGGGCUAACUCUCUGGAUCCCACCCACUAAAUUCUGAUACAGAUUCUGUGUAUACGCCGCUAGGCAUUAUGGCAAAGAAAAGCUUUAAAGUAUUAUAAAACUAUAUGUAGGUAUAGACUAAAAUGCUGCUAACAAAUUACUAAAUGCAAGAUACAAUAUUUGCUUUGUAAUGUAACGCAAACUGGUACUAUAUUGCUUUAAUGUUGGAUGCAAGCCAAUAGUAAUGUAUUUGUAGAGUCAACAAACAGAAAGAUAUACAGCCAGGUUGCUAGGAGGACCAGAGUUUUGUUUCUGACUCCACUUGAAAAUAGAAAAGUAAAAAAUAAUAGGAAGAAGGGGAAGUAGUGCGACCACUACACUGCAUUAAGUAUUUUCUAACAUUUAACAGUAUAUGCAUUAUAACCUGAGCCAUAGAUAUUUAUGUGUAUGUCCACAACAAAGUUGGAAAAAUGUUUAUUAAAGAAAACUGUGAAUAAACAAGUCCUCAAAACA